AUGACUGAUCUCUCUGUGGCCCCCGUUCCUCAAGAGAAGGACUUUGGCACGGCUGUCAACGACUUUGACAACGAUGAUGUCGCCAAAGCCAAGCUGAGCGCCCACGGCCGCGCCGGCUACGCAGCGAUCGAGCAGGAGCACACGAUCCCCGAAGACGGCGAGCGUAAGACAACGACGAAGCUGGAGUAUUGGUCCUUUUGUCUCUUCAACUGGGGCGCUACAGGUGUCGGCUUUGGCAACUACGGUGGCGCUCUCCAGCAAGAUCUUUUGGAGUCAGCCUUUCCCAGCGGCUACCUCAACUGGGGUGGCUCAAGGACCUCCACCAACUCUUACAUCUUGGACAUUAAUGGCAUCACGUUUGCAGUACAGUUGGCUGUACUCCUCAUCACAGGUCCCUACGCUGACUACGGGCGUUGGCGUCCAUGGAUCCUGAUCUCGUGGACUGUGAUUGGAGUUGCGGCGUCCUUCGCCUUUCUCGACUUUACCGAACCGUCAAAGUGGCAGCUAGCAAGUGGCUUUUAUGUCUUGGGCAAUCUGGUGAUGAAUGCCCAGUCCGCGUUCUACUUCGCUGCCUUCCCUCAAGUGGUCCGGGAUCUACCGCAAUUGCAAGAGUCAGAACGUCAAGUCUUAGAAGGGACAAAGACCCCAGAAGAACAUGCUGAGUUGGAGUCGAUGGAGAGGUCGAAGAUGUCUAAUUGGUCAUACGUUUUCUCUGGAUUGGGGUCAACCGUCUCUAUCGCCCUGGCUUACGCCAUUGCCUACGGAGUAGGCUACUCAACGGACCACCAGCUCUGGAGGUUUUAUUCCAUUACAACGGCUUACUUUGGGGGUAUUAUGAUCGUCACAUGCCUCCCAUGGUUCAUCUUCGAUCAACGCAGACCUGGUCAGAAGCUUCCCGACAAUACCAGCUGGCUGACGGUGGGACCCAAGGGAGUCUGGCAAGCAGCCAAGAACGUUGUCCAUUUGAAGCACACUCUACUCUACAUAUUGGCCUACUUCUGUCUCAAUGAUGCCAAUUCUACUUCGGGUACGCAAGUUCAAAUCCUCCAGAACAACGCUAUCGAAUUCAAUCCAAUCGUCUACAACGGCCUCUACAUUGUUGUCUAUGGCGCUACUGGACUCGGUAUCCUGAUUCAGAUCUGGAUACAGAAGAAGUUCAGAAUCUCGGCGAAGACCAUGUUCGUCUGCAACGCCGUCCCUGGCGUGCUAAUCAGUCUCUGGGGCAUGAUUGGCAACUGGACUAACGCCAUUGGGUUUCACCAUACAUGGGAGUUCUGGCUAUAUCAGGCCUGGGAUGGCGGUGCUUCUGCAGCCUACCAAGCGUACUCGACAACAUUAAUGGCUGAAGUAGCGCCUGCGCCGAAGAUGUACAUCUUCUUCGCCCUGUUUAAUGCGGUCGGCAAGACAUCUGGUUUUAUUGGCCCCUUCAUCUCAAGCGCUAUUAUCGACGAUGCCCAUGGCAACACCAACGCUGGCUUCUACUUUACUUUUGCGCUUACCUUGGUGGGAAUCAUCUUGCUCCUGUGCGUCAAUGUUGACCAGGCCAAGGCGGACUGCAUUGAUUGCCCAGUCGGCUUUGUGGCUUGA